CUAACGGAUCACCUCUGCUCGGGAAUGCCGCCGUAGCGCGCUGCUUCGGGAAUCGGAAGUACGAACAUGUUGGGGGAAAGCGAAGAAAGAGAGACAGAAAGAGAGGCUGAAAGAAGAAAAAACGCCUAACCUACAAACCGCGGAACAGGUACGUCGGGCACAGCGGCAGCUACCAGCUUUCAGUAGGUUUGCUACAGCGACUCCAGCAGGACGCAUUCGCACAGCUCGUUCGGUACUGCGCAAGCGGACAGUACCACGCAGUAGUAUCACGCAGGGAUUGCGCGAACUAAGACUUGUUUUUAGUGCGAGCAGGGGAUUUAAAAAAAUAAUAAUAAUAAAUUGGGUCCCGAAUCACCCCGAAGUGCGAAGUGUGUCGUUCCAGACAUUCCAAGGACAUUGCUUGGAUGUCACCGGUCAAGUAACUUUCUUUUCCUGAAGUAUCCGGUUGCGGUUAGUGGUGUGAACUCGAGCCUUUGGAAAGUGAUAGUGGGGACCAGGAUCACGAGCGUCCUGCCGUGAGCGUGAGUGUGAUCCUCACACGUACACUCACAGUCCUACACACACACACACACACGCACACAGUGUUAUUAGUGUCAGUGUCAGAAUUUGUUGUAUGCAAAUUUGAAAAGCUGAGCUGCGACUUGGUGGUGUUACCAGCUAGUGCAUGUGGGUUACCGGAAGAAGCGAAGAGUGCAGAAGUGCAUAACAGUGUGUUUUGUGUGUGAUUGAUUGAGUGAUUGAGAUUUGCUACUAGUUGGUCGAGUGUCAAGGGUGGAGUGUGUUAUGCUACAGGUGUAAUAGUUUAACCACGUACAGUCCCAGUGGAGUCUCGUCGAGCCUAACCCAACGAACAGACGGGACUGCUUUUGCACAGGGCCAGAAGGUGUCCGACGGCUAACGGCUCAAUAUCUCUACAACCAACUGACUUCAACAUCAACCAACCAAUUCUUAACAAGCAACGCACCCUAGGUGAAGACAUCAGGGGCGAUCUGUUUUUUUUUUGUCGUAGAGUCUAAAGAUCCUGCAAGCGAAGCCGUACUGUUGCUGUCGGUAACCUCAAAGGAUCUCAGAGAUCCUACAAAAAAAAACCCUUUCCCCGACGAGGACCCCGUCCCAACAGACAGACGACACAAAAAUGCUUCGUUGCCAGCAGCGAAGGUACCGCGGGCAGAUGGUGCUACUACUGCUCAGUUGCAUCUUGCUUUCCUGCACAUACGCUGAUGAAGAGGAAAACUUCACAUCGGCCAGCCUGGUGGCCGGUACCGGACCGGUCGCAUCGUCCAAGGGCUGCCCCUUCCCGGGCGUACCGGCCCACGGGAGCGUCAUCUUCUCCGACGACUCGCUGGCCAACAACACGGUGGCCACGUACUACUGCGAGCGGGGCUUCGAGCUGCUCGGACCGUCCCGGCGCGCCUGCAUCGACAGCCAGUGGAUCCCGGAGGGUAUUCCAUUCUGCGUGCUAAACGUAGCGGCGGGUAAGGCGCCGAUGCAGAUCUCGACCGAGGCGUCGGGCAUUCCGCAGAAAGCUAUCGACGGCUCGACGUCCGCCUUCUUCUCGCCGGACACCUGCUCGCUGACGAAGCCGGAGCGCGUCCCAUGGUGGUACGUCAACCUGCUGGAACCGUACAUGGUGCAGCUGGUGCGACUGGACUUUGGCAAGUCUUGCUGUGGUAAGGGCAAGCCCGCCACCAUCGUCGUGCGCGUCGGCAACAACCGGCCCGAUCUGGGCACGAACCCGAUCUGCAACCGGUUCACCGGUUCGCUCGAGGAAGGCCAGCCCCUAUUCCUGCCCUGCAACCCGCCGAUGCCGGGCGCAUUCGUGUCCGUCCACCUGGAGACGAACGCACCGAGCCAGCUGUCCAUCUGCGAGGCGUUCGUGUACACCGACCAGGCGCUACCGAUCGAGCGGUGCCCCGCCUUCCGCGACCAGCCGCCCGGUGCGUCUGCAUCGUACAACGGCAAGUGUUACAUCUUCUACAGCCGCCAGCCGGCCACGCUGCGGGACGCGCUCGCCUUCUGUCGGGCGCGCGGCGGCACCCUGAUCAACGAGAGCAACCCGGCCCUGCAGGGCUUCAUCAGCUGGGAGCUGUGGAGACGGCACCGCAGCGACACCUCGUCCCAGUACUGGAUGGGAGCGGUGCGGGACGCCCAGGACCGCAACACCUGGAAGUGGAUCGGCGGCGAGGAGGUGUCGGUAUCGUUCUGGAAUCUGCCCGGCGGCGACGAGGACUGCGCGCGGUACGACGGCUCCAAGGGAUGGCUCUGGAGCGACACCAACUGUAACACGCAGCUCAACUUCAUCUGCCAACAUCAGCCGAAGGCUUGUGGACGACCUGAACAGCCGCCGAACUCGACGAUGAUUGCGCCGAAAGGGUUCGAUGUCGGUGCGGUGGUCGAGUACAGCUGCGACGAGGGUCAUCUGCUGGUUGGUCCGAAGCAGCGCACCUGUCUGGAGACUGGCUUCUACAACGAGUUCCCGCCUGUAUGCAAAUACAUUGAGUGUGGACUGCCCGCCUCUAUACCGCACGGAUACUACGACCUCGUCAACGGCACGGUCGGCUACCUCAGCACAGUCAUGUACCGGUGCGCCGAGGGCUACGAGAUGGUUGGUCGCGCCGUACUGAUCUGCGACAUCGACGAGCGCUGGAAUGGGCCGCCACCACGCUGCGAGCUGAUCGAGUGCGAUCCACUGCCGACCCUCUUCCCGAACGGUGUGAUCGUGUCCACCAACCAGACGGUGUACGGUACGCGCGCCGAGGUCCACUGCAACCGUGGCUUCGUGCCAGACAGCGAACCCGAGAUCGUAUGUACUGCGUCGGGCCAGUGGAGCCAUCCACUGCCCAAGUGCGUCCCCGACCAGAGCGCCGGCCCAGCGACGGUCCGACCGAGUGCCGCGUCCACCACACCGGCCUCUUCCCGUGCACCCCCGGUGCUGAUCGUGUCACCUACCACACCCGCCUCGAUCGGUGGCAUUCCUUCGCGCGCACGGCAGCCUACCGGAGGACGACGACCGGGCAGCACGGUGCGCUAUCCGACCCAGGCGCCACCCGCGAGCAGCACCGUCUCGGCGGCCGAGUCGACCACCGCCUCGAUCGUGAUCAACAUGGCCGGCCCGACGACGGCACAGCCGAGCCGCACGACCAGCACCACCGAGUCGCCGCUUUUCAGCAUCGAGAUCGAUGACGGUACGGAUGACGACUAUCUGCCACACGGCGGCCCCAACCGGAAGCACACGGACCGGGACGAAAACGACGAGGACGCCGACGACGACUACUACUACCGCAACAAGCCGAACCUGCACGGCGGCUACCGGCCGAACGCAGGCACUGAUUACGAUGACGACAACGACGACGCUCACGACCAUCACGCAAACGAACCGACCUUUGACGAUAACUUUGACAGCCUCGAGGGCUUCUUCAUCGGCACUAACGAAGAUUACUCUCUUCCACCCCCUCCUCCCCCUCCACCCUCAGAAGUGCGCCCCGGAUCGAAGGGCGAGGAAGCGGGACGCCCGUACCGGCCGCAGCAACCGUCCGUCGUGAUACUGUCCAAGGAGCCAGGAUCGUCCUCCUCUUCCUCCUCCUCCUCCUCCUCCUCUUCCGUCUCGAAACCUGCCUCUCCCAAGCCCGCCGUCUACGAGCCGAGCAGCCCGCCGGCAGUGGUAAGCGUAACGCCGCAGGUGCAGACGCACCGACCGCAGGUAACUGGCACGACCGGGCGUCGUCCGAGCACGACCACGACGACACGCGGCCGCCAUCCAGCCCACGAGCAGGACAUACUGCUGUCGCACCACCCGCAGGACAACGAGAUCCCCGGCAGCGUCAACAUCCGGCAGGACCAGUCGCCCAAGGUGAACGUACCGUUCGCGGUGAACAACGUGGACGAUCUGGUGCCGGCGGACGGCAGCAGCGGCAGCAAUGGCGGCACCGACGGGCUCAUCACCAGCUUUGGCGGUGCGGGUGGCAGCAGUGGCGCAGGAGGACUGGGCGGGGCGGGCGGUUCGGCAGCCGGCGACCGGAAGGAGUCGAAGAACGCGAAGCUGAACCUGGGCGCGAUCGUGGCGCUCGGUGCGUUCGGUGGGUUCGUCUUCCUGGCCGCCGUCAUCACGACCAUCGUGAUCGUCGUACGAAGGAAUCGCACCUCCAACCAGCACUAUCGGCACCGGGCCUCGCCGGACUGCAACACGGUUGCGUCCUUCUCCAGCUCGAGCUCCGAGUCGCGCAACGGCCUCAACCGCUACUACCGGCAGGCGUGGGAGAAUCUGCACGAGUCCGCCUCCAAAAGCCACAACAACCAUUCCGGGCUGAAGCGCAAGGAAACGAUGGACGCACCGGUGAAUCGGUCCCGGUCGCGGGAAAACCUCGACGUCAGCCGGCCGCGCGAUCUGGACAGAUCCCGGGAGAACCUGUCGUCGGCCCGGAGCCGCGACUACGGUCGGGACAGUAUGGCGCUGCGCGACGGCUCCGAGAUGGUCGUGUCGGACGUGUGCGUGAAGGGCGAGAAGAAGCGGCACCAUCACCAUCACCACAAGAGCAGCCACCGGAACGAUUUCCGCGAGCCGAACAUCCUCGGCAGCGGCAAUGGACGGCGCGAGCAUCGCCAUUACUGACGCGGUAGAAUGAUCAUCACCAUCCGGAUCGAUGGCAGUGCGCAGCGCCGCCACGACGCCGACAGUCUCAGGCCGAUUCGCGAUAUCUAGGAGGAUGCAUGAAGGAAGGGGGGGGGGGGGGUGAUGGUGGCAGGAGGGGGGGAGUCAGGCAGGCAAAGCAAUAUCGGGUUGCGGGAGGUGUUUUUGUUUAUGUUUUUUUUAAGUAGACUUUGCUGUGGCGACGAAGCGAAUGGGUAUUAUUUUCUCAUUCCCAACCAGUUAGAACGUAGAACCGGUGACGCUGAGCCAAGCUCAGCAAAGGAAUGCAAUGGGAAGGGGGAAUGAUGGGGGGGGGGGGGGGUCAAGAAAGAGACACGACGGAAAGGUAGAAGCAAGCGAGUAUUAGCCAAGCAUAGUGAAAGGGGGCUUGACACAUAACCACAACUUUUGUUUUGUUCUAUUUUAAGUAAGCGUAUAACAGCGUAUAACAAUCGGUUACUAGGAGCUACUACCACAGUCAACAUUAAUUACUAAGGUUGUCUCCGAACGUGUUUGGACACUAUGCUGUUUCCCCCCUCCCAAACAACACCACACACUUGUUUGGUUUGGUUGUUUUUUUAGAGCGUGUACGUAGAGGACGUAGAGCGACAACAGCGUAGCACGUGUUUGGGGGCACUAAUGGUGUGCGUGUGUACUAACCAGUCCAGAGUCCAGCGGAGACCGCUUGUAGAGCUUGUAGUUAGUGUUAGCGCUGUCAUUCGUUAAUUUUACACGGUGGAUGGUAAAAAAAACAAAAACAAAAAACAAAACAAUGGCCGCGGCGGCAGCGAUUUAACGAAACAGCGCUGCGCGCCAGUAUCAGAGCGUUAUCUUGUAAUUAAACAACAACCUAGUAUCACGAAUUUAUCGGAUAACUGUAGUAGAGCUAUUGUAUAUGAAAGAUAGUAUUUUUCAACACCCCCCGAUCCUUCCUUUAUCCUUCAUUUGUUUUGCUCCUUAUCCUGUUCCUUAAACGUAACUGAUUGAAGCCAUUUUGACCACGCCUAGUGUAGUAGACGGGCGUUUACUGACACUCCCUAGACGCGGUUGACAUGCUUUCCAUCAAUCUGUUGAUAAACAAAAGCGCUCCUAUUUUGUUAGAACAAUGUACUGCUCUCCCCGUUCCUAUUGGUCCAUCCUAUCUCUCUCUCUCUCUCUGUAUCCUCCAAUAUCUGUAUGUAAAUACACUACACGCUGACUACCAACUACAACCAUUCAUCUCAACUCCAACUCAGCCACGUCUUAUUCUGUCACACCCCGCAACCUCAAUGCAUGUCUGCACGCCGGCAUGCAGUAUAAAAGGAUUUAAUCGCAUUUUAAGCAUUAUAAGCAAAAGCAAAACCAAUUGAAACGCGGCUCAGAAGGCAAGGGCAAUGGCAAAAGUCACGCAAGCGCAUCAACGAGGACGCGAACGAUGCAGUCCGAGAGCUCAACUAGGCGGGUCGAAAGCCGAAAGACAAUUACAAUUUACGUGGCAAUAUGAUGUUCUAGUUAACCUAUUUUUAGUACCAGGUUUAGACGAAUGGCGAAACAGUAGUAAGGGCUAGAUAGUAGAGGGAGUUUGUUCUAAUGUUUGCAAUAAUCGUAGCGGGCCACCUUCGCAAGCGUACGGCGCCGUACGGGCGGGUAAGCGCGAUCGGACAGUGUGGCCGCGAACGUUUGCUUCAGAAUUUAGUCGAUAUAUUCGUGGGGAGGGAAAUGGAAGCGCAACGUUCGCGUUACUGCUGUUGGUAGGUAGUAGAUGUAGGUUUAUUUUCUUUGCUAAAGAGAAAACGUUUGAUUUUGUUAUACCGUACUCGAUUCCGUAGCGCCGGUGGGGAAAAGUGUGUUAUUUUUACAAAUAAACAUUAUCAAUGUUGCUAUACUAAAGAAA